UACUUCAUCUCUGCCUUCAAUUGAAUCAGCUCAUAAACAAUACCAACGACGACUAUUCCUGUUUAUCAUGUUGAUAAUCCAUCUAGCCGAAUUACACGCUUCGCCGUCUUCAGUGAGCUCUGGAGAGACAACAAUUGAGAAACCUCAAAUUUUUGAUUCACACUAUACACUGGCAAUUUUUAAAAGUUUGGCAAAGGAGGAUCACAGACAGAAGAGACAAGCAUGCAGAGGUAGUGACCAAUGUGACACCAACCAAUGGUGCUACCAGAAUAGGUGCGAGUAUCCUUGUCCGGAGAUGGAUUGUCCAAACGAGGUAUCGCCACAGGACGGCAUCUGCAUAAUCAUCAAUCAUCAACCAAGAUGUGUCGAUCCUUUUUACAAUCCGAAUAAUCCCUUGGAGGUGGAAGAAUUCAACCUCAUACCUCAGAAUUAUUAGGCUUACUUCAGUUCAUGGAAGAAAGGAUGAGAAAUAUCUAUUCAAUUUACAAAUUAUUAUUUCAUUAACCAAAA